ACAGACGAGGCGACGGCAGUGCCACAGCAAAGCUUCUCGCAGUCGGACGCAGAGCACAAACAUGAAUUGCAUUCCGGGCAACAUUCCGGUCCUGCUCCUGGUGAUCCUGGGCGCCAGCCUGGCCUGGUCGCUGCCCAUGAACCCCGACGAGGAUCGCGAGCCGGUGGGUCAGCAGGGCAACCUGGUGACGAAGAACACCGCCGAGUCGCAGUUCAUAGAGCGCAUCCCGCCCAGGGGAGAGCACAGUUCGGAGGAGAAGUCCCAGUUCCAGGUGGUCGAGCUGCUGGAAAUGCUGGAGAACGCAGGAGUGCGGACGGCCGAGCAGCUGCACAAGCUCACCUACGGUGAACUGAUCAGGCUACUGGCCGUGUGGAAGAUGUCGCAGGACCGCAACGUUUAUGUGGCCAAAGGACCCCAGGAUCAGCCCGAUCAGGACAUCGAAAGCGAGACUCGUUAGUGGAUCAGCGCCUUUGCCAAAGCCAAGGUUCGGUUGAUCUAUGCAAUGGUGGCAAGAGAAGAAGGCCAGCGAAGGAGGAGGAGGAGGAGGAAACAGCGACCACUAUAUGAUACUCUGACAUGAUGGAUUCAAUUGAAUGCACCCUCAAAGCGACAGUAUAAGCCACAAUGUAACUAUACGAAAAACACUUUUUUUCUAUGACCAUUAUUUUCUUGUAUAAAAUUGCUAUUAAACUUAACCGUAUUGGGAAAAAAAA